GUCAAAGUCUUGGCAGUGAGCAUCUGAGUGUGGCAGCGCAUCCAACUUCAGUAAAGUUGUUUGGAGUGCUCAUGCAACACAUCUCUUCUCUAUGGCUGAGACACUGCAGCUGUCAUGGCUAUUUUUCAUACUAAUUUUUCUUCUAGUGUGGCUGCAAGGAGAACCAGGGGACGCAGCACAAAGACGAAACAAGAGGGACGUUAACAAUGACCAACCUCGUAUGCUGUCAGAUAAUGGUCACCUUGUCUUCACAACUGGUUCCAAUAAAGAGAUCCGCUUCCAGACAUCAGCAUCAGGCCGGGUUAAAGUGGAUAAUGAAGACCUCACCCAACUUUUAAAUCAGAUUAAAACCAACAAAGAAGACAUUGAUGGCAUUAAGUCUCAUGGAGGUGGAAUUCAGCCUGAGGUCACCAACAAACUAAACCAGCUCGACACGAAAGUUUCAACACUUGAGAAUAAAGUCACUACACUUGAAUUGGCAAUCCAGAGUGUGUCUUGCAGCAGUAAUCCCUGUCAGAAUGGGGGAACAUGUCUGAGCUUGAUCAACUCAUAUCACUGUGUGUGUCCCAGCAACUGGGCUGUGAGUUCCAUACUGUCCUACAUUGUCGGCGCACAGACUGGUGGGAAUGAACUGUCAAGAUAUACUUCUGGCAAACCAAUUCCAGGGUUGUCAGGAAUGGAGCACAACCUGUGGUCCAAGCGACCCCCCUGGAACAUUGCCACGUAUGUGCUUUGUAACUGUUCUCCAGAAUGGUCAGGGAGUCGCUGUACUGAGCGUUAUGAUGACUGCAGGAAUGGAGGACAGGACCUGUGUGUACAUGGCACAUGUAUUGAUGCAGACCGAGUUAUACCUGGACAGCCUAAAUACAAGUGCAUUUGUGAAAGUGGCUGGGAGGCUACAGCUGGGAACCCAGCCUGUGUGGCUGAUGUGAAUGAGUGCAACCUACCCAACAAACCUUGUUCCACCAACCCUGCAGUUUCCUGCUAUAACACUCAGGGUUCCUUCUACUGUGGAGCUUGUCCUGCUGGUUGGCAUGGCAAUGGCUAUAGCUGUCAGGAUGUGGACGAAUGUUUGACCAAUAAUGGUGGCUGCUCCAUCACUCCCGUGGUCCAAUGCCUGAACACCAUGGGCUCCUUCCACUGUGGACCCUGCCCCCCAGGUAUGAUAGGGGAGAAAAGUUACAGUACAGCCCUGAAACCAGCCCGGCUGACUGAGCUGUCGGACCUGAAGCGAAUCCACAGGAAGUUGGAAGACGAGAGAAUGGGAGCUGGCAGGGCUACCACGGUGGCUCCUGGCUACAUCUGCAAUUGCAACUCUGGCUGGCAAGGAGUGAACUGUGACCAAAAUAUCAAUGAAUGUUUGAGCAAUCCCUGCCAAAAUGGAGGAACCUGCAACGACGGAAUUAAUGGAUUCACAUGUACUUGCACUGCCCAGUGGACAGGCCAAUUCUGCCAGACCUCACAGCAAGUGUGUGGAGGUCACCUGACUGGCCCCGCUGGUUCCUUCAGUUACCCUAACACCCCAGGUCAUGAUGAAUACGAUCACCAGGUCAGCUGUGCUUGGGUGAUCCGUGUUGAUGCAAACAAGAUUCUGCGUAUUACCUUUCCUUUCUUUCAUCUGGAGAGCAGCACCAACUGCAACUUUGACUUCCUUCAGAUUCAUGAUGGGGACAGCGCAUCUGCUUACAUGAUCGGAAAAUUCUGUGGCCAAAAUAACCCACAGGAGCUCUACAGCUCCCACAAUUCACUGUAUUUUUGGUUUCGUUCUGACCACUCUGUCAGUGCUGGUGGCUUCACAGUUGCUUGGCAGUCUCAGGAGCCAGAAAUUCGUCGUGCUCGUUUGAGCCGGCCCGGGGUCGGACGGCUGUCUGCAACGGGGCUGUUGCAUAUCCGGGAUGGUCUUCUACCUGAAGACCCAGUUCUGGGAAAGUACUGCAGUACUGCAUCACCUGCCCCCCUUCAGACUACCGGUCCAGCUGCAUGGAUCCACUUCCACUCCGACUUCAGUGUCUCUGACCGAGGCUUCCACAUAACUUACACAACAUCAGAAAGUAAGAAACUCUCUAUACCAAAUAGGACAGUGUAUGAUGGUAACAGUAGCAGUGCUCCUCAGUUGGCCAACUUGUGUGGAAGUGAACCGCCCAGGACCAUCAGCUCUUCCAGCAAUCAGCUCUACAUCAAACUACGCACUGACAGCAGUGUCAGCACUGGAGGCUUCCUUGCAUCAUACGCCUCCAAAUGCAGUCGCAUCAUCUCAGGCAGUCAUAAAGGAGUGGUGGAGUCACUAAACUUUCCCAACAACUACCCAGCCAACUCCCAGUGCAGCUGGACCAUCCAGGCCACCAGUGGAAACAGUGUAAACUACACCUUUACUGCCUUCCAGCUCGAGGCCACCUCCAGCAGUUGUAACUAUGACUACAUCAAGCUCUAUGAUGGGCCUAAUGAGCAAGCUCCUCUGAUUGGUACAUUCUGUGGAUACACGCCCCCCCCAGCCAACAGCACUACAAGUUCAGCCCUCACCUUGGUGUUCAGAACAGACUCCUCUGUGUCCAUGUCUGGCUUCCAGAUGAUGUGGUACCAGAAUGGUUGUGGUGGGGAGCUCUCUGGUCUCAGUGGCUCCAUCAACAGUCCAGGUUACCCCAACAGGUAUCCAGAAAACCGGGAGUGUAUCUGGUAUAUCACUACCUCAGCUGGAAGCAGCAUUACCUUCACUAUCUAUGAGUUUGACGUGGAGUUUCACCAAGACUGCAACUAUGAUGUGUUGGAAGUGUAUGGAGGCCCAGAUCUGUUGGCCCCUCGGCGGCCCAGGCUUUGCAGCACCACCACAGCCCAAUGCCAGCCUUCCUUCUAGGGGAGAUCCCACUCUCCUUUGUAUCCCAGUAGUUAUCCCAACGAUGUGGAUUGUUCCUGGGUCAUCAGUGUGGAUCCCAACCACCGUGUUUUCUUCAACUUCUCUGACCUGGAUAUUGAAUUUCACACCAACUGCUCCUGGGACUAUGUGGCUAUCCAUGAUGGUCCAACCAUAUCUUCUCCUGUGUUGGCACAUGUGUGUGGCAACAGUCUUCCUGCCUCCAUCACUUCCACCCAGAACACCAUGUAUGUUCGCUUUAGGUCCGAUUCCAGUCGCAGCCACCGUGGCUUCAGUGCUUUCUUCUCGGAGGCUUGUGGUGCAACCAUCAUAACAGAUGACAAUGGUGGGGCCAUUGCAUCACCACGGUAUCCAGCACCAUACCCACCCAAUCAGAACUGUAGUUGGAUCAUCAGAGCACAGGAACCAUUCAACCACGUGACCUUGUCAUUCACUGACUUUGAAUUAGAGAUGAUCUACUCCAACUGCUCCCAUGAUGCUGUGGAGAUUCUGGAUGGCGACAACUCCCAGGCACCUUCUAUAGGGCGCUACUGUGGCUUUGAAGUACCUCACCCAGUGACAUCAUUCAGUAACUCUAUGGUUGUCAGCUUCAUCUCUGACCAAUCCGUCUCCAGAAAAGGGUUCAGAGCCACCUACUCAGCAUCCACCUCCAGUUGUGGAGGAGAGCUGGUGAUGGAGAAUGGUGCAUUUAACAGUCCUAACUAUCCAGAUGCUUAUCCGCCUAAUGUGGAAUGUGUGUGGACCAUCAGAAGCUCACCAGGGAACCGUCUCCAGCUUUCAUUUAUUAUGUUUCACCUGCAGGGAGAUUCUGGCUGUCAAAAUGACUACCUGGAAAUCAGAGAGGGCAACUCCACUGGGCCUCUGGUUGAUCGUUUCUGUGGAAACUUGCUACCCUCCAACUACACCUCUGUGAUUGGUCACAUCCUGUGGGUUAAGUUUGUCUCUGAUGCCUCAAUUAGCGGAGCAGGAUUCAGAGCCACCUUCUCACAUUUGUAUGGUAAUGAUGUGGUGGGGGAGUUUGGUCAGAUAGCAUCCCCACUUUAUCCCAGAACAUACCCCAAUAAUGCCCACUACCGCUGGACAAUAACUGUGGAGGGAGACAGCUAUGUCCAGAUCCGCUUCUUGGACAUAGACAUAGAGGACCUGUAUGACUGCUACUACGACCAGCUCAAAAUAUUUGACGGCCCCAGUGUUCAUUACUACCCCAUCGGGACUUUCUGUGGUCUGUCCCUGCCCCCUCCCAUAACAAGUUCUGCAAGCAGUGUCACCCUGCAGUUCCAGUCGGAUUCAGUGGUGGGUGGACGAGGCUUCCUUGUGGAAUGGACUGCUGUCCAGGAUUCUGGACCACCACCCACUAUCACACCAGGUGCAUGUGGUGGAGUGCUAAUGACAGGAGAGAACCCCAGCUUCCUCUAUUCUCCUGGCUGGCCUGAAAACUACCCUCAUAACCAGGAGUGUACAUGGUUGAUACGUUCUCCAGACUCAACUGUAGAGUUUAACCUCUUGUUUCUGGACAUGGAGGACUACCCCACCUGCUACUUUGACAGCCUUGUCAUCAGAGAUGGUGCAAGCAGUCUAUCGCCCGUGCUGGGCCUCAGGAAUGGUCCAGAUGGUUCAUCUCCACCACUGGGGGAGCGUGUCUGUGGUUCAAGUCCCCCGUCCCUCCUCCAAACUACUGACAACCACCUUUUUAUUCACUUUGUGUCUGAUGCCACUAAUGAGGGCAGCGGGUUUAAGCUGACCUUUGAAGCCCACAGUCAGGCAUGUGGAGGCUUCAUUGAGCUGAAUGAUAACGAUCCUCCAGGAUAUAUCACUUCUCCGAAUUAUCCUCAGAACUACCCCCAGAACAUUGACUGUAUCUGGGUCAUUACUGUACCCAAUGGAGAAGCUGUCCAAAUUGACUUUGAAGAUGAAUUCUACAUUGAGCCCACUGCCAGCUGUAUGUAUGAUUACUUGGAGGUGCGUGAUGGUUCAACUUCCGACACUGACUUAAUUUCCCGGCUCUGUGGCAAUACCCUACCAUCUACCCAACAUUCAACAGGCUCCUCCAUGCUGCUCAGGUUUCGUACUGAUACCAGUGUCACGCACAAAGGCUUCAAGGCAAAGUUCUCAAUAGCAACAUGUGGAGGUACCUACAUAGGUCAGAGGGGUACAAUCCACAGCCCUGGGUUCCCAGAAUCCAACUAUCCUGACAGCUCUAGCUGUGAGUGGUACCUGGAGGGGCCCACUGGCCACUACCUCACUAUCAACUACAGGAACAUCAGCCUGCAGACUGCUCCAGGAUGUUCUGCUGACUAUGUGGAGAUCAGAGAGUACAAUGCCUCAGGUCGCCUACUGGGCCGACACUGCGGCAGUACACUCCCUGCUUCAAUGGACACGUCUGACAGUUUUGCCUAUGUCAGGUUUGUCAGUGACACUAACGGAAAUGCAGCUGGCUUCAGUCUGUCAUUUGAAGCCAGUGUUGAAGCUUGUGGAGGAGAACUGAAUGCUCCCUCAGGAACUAUCUCCUCUCCCAAUUACCCAAACUUGUACCCACACAGCCGAGUAUGUCGUUGGGAGCUGGUGGUGUCACCAGGCCGCCGGGUAACACUCACCCUCAAUGACCUGCGGCUGGAAGAUUCUGGUACUUCCUGUGCAUUUGACUAUGUUGAUGUCUUGAACGGGUUGGCAGUCGAUGCUCCUCGCCUGCAGCGAUUCUGUGGUACUGUACCAGCAGGCACGCAGGUGCGCUCCUCUGGCAACACCAUGACCAUUGUGUUCCGCACUGAUGCUUCUGUGUCCAACGGUGGCUUUUUGGCUUCUUAUUCCUCUGAGGAACCUGCAGUGUGCGGUGGAGUCCUGAACAACCCCACCGGGGAGAAUUUCACUUCCCCUGGCUAUCUAGUGUCCAACUACAGCAACAACCUCAACUGUGAGUGGCUCAUCCAGAACCCACAGCACAUAAAUUCCUCGAUUGUGGUACUAAUAGAAGACUUGCACCUGGAGAACCACCAGACCUGUGAGUCAGACUACCUCCAGUUCCGCUUAGGUGACUCAGAUGGGGAGCUGUUGGCCAAAUUUUGUGGGCAGACCAUCCCCAGAAUUCCCAUUGUGGUGUUUACGCCAGAGCUCUGGGUCCAUUUCCAGACUGACGCUUCCAACGGUGAUCUGGGCUUCAAGGCCAAGUACUUGUUCUCUGAGUGUGGAGGCUUGCAGACAGGUGAGAGAGGGAUAUUGUCCAGUCCGAACUACCCCAACAUCUACCCCAGCCCCAGUCGCUGUGCUUGGCUGCUAGAGGCUCCAGUGGGCCACACUAUUAGGCUAACCUUCAGCUACUUCAGCCUGGAGCCUCACUCGACAUGUGGCUGGGACUCUGUCACCAUCUUCAAUGGAGGAUCCCCUGGCUCCCCUGUUAUUGGCCAGUACUGUGGGACCACCACGCCAGGAACCAUCCAGUCAGGAUCCAACAAGCUUGCUGUAGUCUUCUUGGCUGAUCAUAGUGUGUCCAGAGGAGGCUUUAUGGCCUCCUGGUCUGCUGAUUCCUCAGGCUGUGGAGGGGUGAUCCAUGCUGAUACAGGAACAAUCAAGUCACCAAACUAUCCCCAGAACUUCCCGGCCAAUGUGGAGUGUUCCUGGCAGAUCAUUGCCCACGAGGGAAGCCACCUGGAAAUGAGCUUCAACAGUGAUUUCCAGAUUCCAGACAGUUCUGGGACCUGCCAGAACAGCUAUGUUAAGGUGUGGUCAGGUCAGACCCAAAAUACAGAGGCUCCGCUGUCGACAGGCUGUGGCUCAGUGGCCCCCGGCCCUGUUAUUGCUCCAUAUAACAUCAUCACAAGCCGGUUCCAGGGCACUGAAGCCCCAGGAAGGGGUUUCUCAGCCUACUUCAGCACCAGGUGUGGUGCAAACUUCACAGCCCCCAGCGGUCGUGUGGUUUCUCCAAAUUAUCCAGCCAGCUACCCUGACUUCUCAAACUGCAACUACACCAUAGACGCUGGACAACAGACUGUGAUCAUCCUCACCUUUCAGGUCUUUCAAAUAGAAGCACACUCUACCUGUAUGUAUGAUGGGUUAAAGAUCUACAGUCUAGCUUCUAGUAGCCCGGCUAUUGCAACUCUGUGUGGUACCAGUAUCCCAGGGCCCUUCUCCACCUUUGGCCCCAUGUUACUCCACUUCUACUCUGACACUGUGAUCACCGACACUGGCUUCAUGGCAGAAUACAGAGCCAUUCCAUGUGGUGGUUUCUACAACAGUACUAUGGGUACAGUGAGCAGUCCAGCACUCUCCAUGACCAACUACUUCCACAACAUCAACUGUACCUACCAUAUCAUGGUCCAAACAGACAGAGUGGUGGAUCUCAAGUUUAACACCUUCCACCUGGAGGCAUCCUCUUCCUGUCACUAUGACUAUGUGGCAGUGUAUGAUGGACAGAACACAUUGGCACCUCUGCUAGGGAAAUUCUGUGGCGCAGUGCUCCCACCAAAUCUGCGCUCUUCUACCAAUCAGCUGUUCAUCGUCUUCAGGACAGAUGCCACAGUGAAUGGGAUUGGCUGGAGGGCUACUUACAGUGAGACACUUGGUCCAGCACAGGGAUGUGGUGGCUACCUGUCCAUGCCCAUGGGCAUGCUUGGUUCUCCGGAUCCAAACCUGGAUGGGCGCUAUGAGCCCAGAAUGGACUGCCAAUGGAUGAUUCAGAUGCCAGUCAACAGGGCUAUCAACCUGACAUUUAACUCCUUUGAGCUUGAGAGCUCCUCUAAUUGCCGCUACGACUAUGUCAAAGUGUAUGAUGGUGACAACAGUAAUUUCCCCCUGGUUGGGACAUUUUGUGGAAGCUUCAUCCCUUCUUAUUUUGUAUCGACUGGAAACUUCCUGACUAUCCACUUUGUCACUGACAGCUCAGUACAGAGGCGAGGCUUCAAUGCUACCUACAGAGCUGUGCCAUUGGUCUGUGGUGGGACUCUGAAUGCCACAGCCAGCAUCCAGACCCUAACCUCACCCUCCUUCCCUAAUGCCUAUCCCCCUUACACCUCCUGCCGCUGGAUCCUGGAUGCACCAAUCCAGGAAACCAUCCAAGUAUCAGUCCAGACCUUUGUCCUGCAGCCCAGCCAGAGCUGCUCCACAAACUACCUGGAGAUGAAGGACUGGCCUAUGGGAGACUAUGGGCAGUCACAUAAGUUUUGUGCCUCGGAUGGACAUCCACUAGACUUCUACAGCUACGGCAGAACUAUCCUGGUGGACUUCAAAUCGGAUACCUUCAUGACAGGAAAUGGCCUGAGUUUCACCUAUCAGAUUGCCAGCUGUAGCAGAACCUAUGAACAGGAAUACGGCUACCUGAAGAGCCCAGGCUGGCCUGACGUCUAUCCUCACAACAUGGACUGCACCAUUAUCCUGAAGGCACCACAAAACAGCCACAUCUCCUUUUUCUUUAACAAUUUCGAUGUGGAGAGCCACAGCAACUGUGAAUUUGACUACCUGGAGAUUCGUAAUGGCAGUACAGCAGACUCACCACUGAUAAAUCGGUUCUGCGGCAGCACCCUGCCCAGCCCCAUCUUCCCACAAUCCAACCUGCUCUACUUACGGUUCAAGAGUGACUUCUCUUCCGCUCGAGAUGGCUUUGAGGUCACAUGGACAUCCUCCCCUCACGGCUGUGGUGGCACUCUGUAUGGCAACCAUGGUUCAUUCUCAAGUCCCAACUACCCAAGCACUUAUCCCAAUGGUACCCAUUGUGAAUGGGUUAUCGUGGCACCCAGGGGUCGUGUGGUGACCAUCACCUUUGCCCAGAUCAGUAUUGAUGACCCUGGAGAUUGCCAGAACAAUUUCUUGAAGUUAUAUGAUGGCCCAGACACCUCAUCACUGCCUGUUGGACCUUACUGUGGAGUGGAAACCAACAUUGCUCCAUUCACUGCCUCUUCUCAUCAAGUCUACAUCAUUUUCCAAGCCCGUUAUGCCAACCUGCCUUCAGGGUUCAGACUUACCUGGAGCAGCUGAAAGAAUGCUUUUCUUCACACACACACAUCCACAGUUCCUUAUUAAUUUCCUAAUCACAUUUUAAUGUUUACAUUAAAUUAAUUACAUUUUAAUUAUUUAAAUCAAACCAAUAUAAAUAAUAAAUCUAUACUACUAUAAUAAAUGCU